UAUUUAUUUAUUAUUAUUAUUAUUUUGGAAUAGAACAAAACUAGAAAAGCACUAAAUAAUUGAAGCCCAAUCACAUCCUUCGUUCUUUCAUAAAGGACAACGUGGCCGACCACAUUGCACUAAGCUAAAAUAGAGAACUGAUGCAACAAAUUCGAGAGAAGAAAAAGAAGAAAAAAAAACAAAUAAUAAAGGAAGACGCCAUUGCCAUUGCAGUUGGCACCACACACAACCUGCGAGAGAGAGAGAGAGAGAGAGAGAGAGAGAGAGAGAGAGAGAUGAAGGAGGUAAAAGAAGCGUUGUUCAUGAACAGAAGAGAAGGAGAAAGUAGUUAUGCACAAAACUCUUCUUUCAUAGGGAAUUCCCAUGCCUUCCGAGGGUAUGGGAAUGUCAUGGCCCGAGGGUGGUACAUGGAGCUUCCUGAGGCAGUUCACCGUAUCGUUGACCAGGCCAGUUUUGGUACUUUCUGCAUGGGGCUCUCACGCCUGACUGCGAGUAGGCCUCUCCUUGCUGCUCUGGUGAGGUGGUGGGACACCAUCGACUCUUUCCAUCUUUCGGCCAUGGGAGACAUGACGAUGACUCCCUUCGACUUCUCCAUGCUCACAGGCAUUGGAGUAGGGGGUGAUCCGAUCCCCUUCGAUACAGAUAUGGACGAGUGGGAGGCCGCUCAGAUGUACCUGCUCGGCGACCUACCGCCUCUUGCUCGUCCAGGAUUUGUACGAUACUCAUGGUUCGAGGACCACUUCAAGAUCCAGGCACCUACCACUCGGGAGGAGGAGGAGCAGUACACACACGGCUUUCUGAUGUUCCUGCUAGGGACCACCCUCUUUACCGACCGGGCGAACACCGUGCCCCUUUGCCUAUUGAGUGCAAUAGUUGACGUGACCAGGAUUCGCGGCUACGACUGGGGUGGCACAGGCUUGGCCACACUCUAUGGCUAUAUGAGUUCAUCCUCUCGCCUCAGCGGACAGCUGCUCAGAGGCUACUGGCGGGCUUGGGAGAUACGUCUUCUUCUUCUAUUUUACAUUUCUGUUUUACAUUCUAUGUACUCUGUAUACUGUACACGCUGCGGUCUUCGUCACACUGGUCAUAUACUGCACCCACGGCACACAUAUAAUUUGUUUUACACACUGCAUACAUUGCACAACACACUUCAUAUACUGCACAAUCUGCUGCCAACUGACUAUACACUGCACAUAUUGCGAACACGCAAUCUGCUUUACACUGACUGUAUACUGCAUGGAUUGUACACUCUGCACAAUGCACUGCUCAAUGCAUGGUUCUGCACCUUCUACUUUAUUCUGCAUUCUGCUUUAUCUGAUAAGCAUACUGAUAUCUGUUCUGUCAUACUGUAGUUGUGGGUAUACGCCUACUUCCUGAGGCUUGCCCCAGUACCAGAGGAGGAGAUGCCUCCCAUGAUCCCAUUCUCCCACCACUUUGACGUGAGGUGCGAGCGGAGACCACAGGAGUCUUUCAUAUUCUUCCGCCGCUAUUUCGAUACCAUCACCGCGAC